AUGGCUGCAGAACCGUUACAGGUCAAGGCGCAUAUCACGCAGCUAUCGCGAAAGAUGUUCCCGUGCCUCUACUCCAAUGAACACGACUGCGACGAGGCCUUUCAGAGUCAUGUUGAGGCUUCCCACCAUGCCAUCCUUAGUCAUCAGGUGGUACCCAUCCACAAGACAGAAGAUGGACAAUUCAUAUGCUUGCACGCUGAGUUUGGCUGCUCAGCAACGUUUGAGACGACGACUCUUCUCACUACACAUACUCAAUCUGAACACCGAAAGGAAGCGUUUCCUUGCGCACUUGCGUGGAGCCGCAAUUGCACAAAUACGUUCACCACCAGAAAGGGCAUGGCCAUGCAUAUCAACGCCAAACAUCGACAGAUUCGGGAACCCUGUCCUUCGGCAAAAGAGACGGGCUGCAAAGCUACCUUCUCCGGUGUGAGCAGCGCACACUCACAUGUCAGACAUGUACAUGGAGAGAAACCAUACCCAUGUCCAUUGGCUGACGAGUACGAUUGCACUGGGUGGCUCUACACUGUUGCGUUAGCUCAACGUCAUGCUGGCAUAUGCCACAAGAAACUUGGGUUUCCCUGUCCGCGCGCUGAGCGGCUCGACUGCAUGGCUAGACUCAACUCUAAACUAGAGGCGCAAAAGCAUCUCCACGAGGAACACCAGCCGGACCCGUUUCCUUGUCCAGGGGCUGAGAAAUACCAGUGCGAGAAACGAUUCCCCACAUACGACGCUGCUCGAAAGCACAUGGGAAGGGACCAUGAGCGGUUUCCUUGCCCACGCGCUGAGGAGCUUCGCUGCUCACAGACAUUCUCCUUGAAACUGAGCGCGACCAAACAUGCUCAACUCGUGGAUGACCAUAUCAAGUUCCCAUGUCUAUAUGCAGAUACAGCGGCUUGUGACAAGGUGUUUGCCUCAGUGGGUGGCCCGAAUCGGCAUGCAAAAUAUCAUACAAACCACUUCCCUUGUCAACAUCAGCAUCAUUCCACCACUGAAACUGCCUGA